CUCUGAUCCUGUAGCCACCAGUGUGCAUGUGCCAAGCCAGGGUUAACACAUUGCCAGAAAACUUUCUGUUCCUGAUAGACCUGUAUUAUUUCACACACACAAACUGAGGUCAUCAAAAGAUCUUCCAAAAUGUCACUUCACGAAAAAGGCCAAAGAGACGGAGCUGUGACUACCUUCCGAGGCAUCAAAAAGCAAGUUUCAGCUCAGAACUUGCUGGAAUCUAAAAUCAUUGAUAAGAAGCUUUUUGAAGACCUUAGCAGCGGAAAGGUCACAGUAGAUCAAGUAAGCAAUAUGGACUCAGUACGCAAGUACCUGCAGGGUACCGACUGUAUUGCAGGAGUGUAUGUGCAGUCCACCAAACAGACCAUGAGCAUCUAUCAAGCCAAAUCCAAAGGACUUCUAACACCUGGAACAUCACUGGUUUUACUGGAGGCUCAAGCUGCUACUGGAUUCAUGGUUGAGCCAUUGAAGAACAAAAAACUCUCAGUGGAGGAGGCAGUGGCUCAGGGAGUUGUGGGGACUGAAUGGAAAAACAAGCUACUUUCUGCAGAGAGGGCAGUCACUGGCUACACUGACCCUCACACAGGAAACACCAUUUCGCUGUUCCAGGCCUUGAAGAAAGAUCUCAUUGUCAAAGAUCAUGGCAUUCGUCUUUUGGAAGCACAGAUUGCUACCGGAGGCAUUAUUGAUCCAGUUUACAGCCACCGUGUCCCUGUGGAGGUGGCUUACCAGAGAGGAUAUUUUGAUGAAGAAAUUAACCAGAUUCUAUCUGACCCGGGCGACGACACCAAGGGCUUCUUUGACCCCAACACACAGGAAAACCUCACCUACCUGCAACUACUUGACAGGUGUGUGAAAGACCCUCUCACUGGCCUUAGACUGCUUGUUAUUGUGAAGAAAGGAGAGUUUUACUUCUACAUUGAUGAACAUACAAAGAAAAUCCUCCAGUCCACUACAACAAACAAGGCGGGGGGUAAAUUCCAAGGAAAGGAGGUUUCCCUCUGGGAUCUCAUAUACUCUGAAUACAUCGAAGAGGAAAAGAAAAGAGAUCUGGUUCAGCAAUUUAAGUCUGGCAUUAUAACAAUUGAAUACUUUUUAGAGCAUGUACUAACAGUUAUACAGCAGAAAACACCCAGUGUGACUGUUACUACUACCAGCACCACCUCUACAACAACAAAAGGUCCUAGCUUUCGAGGCAUCAAAAAGCAAGUUACAGCUCAGAACUUGCUGGAAUCUAAAAUCAUUGAUAAGAAACUUUUUGAAGACCUCAGCACUGGAAAGGUCACAGUAGAUCAAGUAAGCAAUAUGGACUCAGUACGCAAGUACCUGCAGGGUACCGACUGUAUUGCAGGAGUGUUUGUGCAGUCCACCAAACAGACCAUGAGCAUCUAUGAAGCCAAAUCCAAAGGACUUCUAACACCUGGAACAUCACUGGUUUUACUGGAGGCUCAAGCUGCUACUGGAUUCAUGGUUGAGCCAUUGAAGAACAAAAAACUCUCAGUGGAGGAGGCAGUGGCUCAGGGAGUUGUGGGGACUGAAUGGAAAAACAAGCUACUUUCUGCAGAGAGGGCAGUCACUGGCUACACUGACCCUCACACAGGAAACACCAUUUCGCUGUUCCAGGCCUUGAAGAAAGAUCUCAUUGUCAAAGAUCAUGGCAUUCGUCUUUUGGAAGCACAGAUUGCUACCGGAGGCAUUAUUGAUCCAGUUUACAGCCACCGUGUCCCUGUGGAGGUGGCUUACCAGAGAGGAUAUUUUGAUGAAGAAAUGAAUCAGAUUCUUUCUGACUCGGGCGAUGACACCAAGGGCUUCUUUGACCCCAACACACAGGAAAACCUCACCUACCUGCAACUACUUGACAGGUGUGUGAAAGACCCUCUCACUGGCCUUAGACUGCUUGUUAUUGUGAAGAAAGGAGAGUUUUACUUCUACAUUGAUGAACAUACAAAGAAAAUCCUCCAGUCCACUACCACAAACAAGGCAGGGGGUAAAUUCCAAGGAAAGGAGGUUUCCCUCUGGGAUCUCAUAUACUCUGAAUACAUCGAAGAGGAAAAGAAAAGAGAUCUGGUUCAGCAAUUUAAGUCUGGCACUAUAACAAUUGAAUACUUUUUAGAGCAUGUACUAACAGUUAUACAGCAGAAAACACCCAGUGUGACUGUUACUACUACCACCACCACAACAACAACAAAAGGUCCUAGCUUUCGAGGCAUCAAAAAGCAAGUUUCAGCUCAGAACUUGCUGGAAUCUAAAAUCAUUGAUAAGAAGCUUUUUGAAGACCUGAGCAGCGGAAAGGUCACAGUAGAUCAAGUAAGCAAUAUGGACUCAGUACGCAAGUACCUGCAGGGUACUGACUGUAUUGCAGGAGUGUUUGUGCAGUCCACCAAACAGACCAUGAGCAUCUAUGAAGCCAAAUCCAAAGGGCUUCUAACACCUGGAACAUCAUUGGUUUUACUGGAGGCUCAAGCUGCUACUGGAUUCAUGGUUGAGCCAUUGAAGAACAAAAAACUCUCAGUGGAGGAGGCAGUGGCUCAUGGAGUUGUGGGGACUGAAUGGAAAAACAAGCUACUUUCUGCAGAGAGGGCAGUCACUGGCUACACUGACCCUCACACAGGAAACACCAUUUCGCUGUUCCAGGCCUUGAAGAAAGAUCUCAUUGUCAAAGAUCAUGGCAUUCGUCUUUUGGAAGCACAGAUUGCUACCGGAGGCAUUAUUGAUCCAGUUUACAGCCACCGUGUCCCUGUGGAGGUGGCUUACCAGAGAGGAUAUUUUGAUGAAGAAAUGAACCAGAUUCUAUCUUACCCGGGCGACGACACCAAGGGCUUCUUUGACCCCAACACACAGGAAAACCUCACCUACCUGCAACUACUUGACAGGUGUGUGAAAGACCCUCUCACUGGCCUUAGACUGCUUGUUAUUGUGAAGAAAGGAGAGUUUUACUUCUACAUUGAUGAACAUACAAAGAAAAUCCUCCAGUCCACUACCACAAACAAGGCGGGGGGUAAAUUCCAAGGAAAGGAGGUUUCCCUCUGGGAUCUCAUAUACUCUGAAUACAUCGAAGAGGAAAAGAAAAGAGAUCUGGUUCAGCAAUUUAAGUCUGGCACUAUAACAACUGAAUACUUUUUAGAGCAUGUACUAACAGUUAUACAGCAGAAAACACCCAGUGUGACUGUUACUACUACCAGCACCACCUCUACAACAACAAAAGGUCCUAGCUUUCGAGGCAUCAAAAAGCAAGUUACAGCUCAGAACUUGCUGGAAUCUAAAAUCAUUGAUAAGAAACUUUUUGAAGACCUCAGCACUGGAAAGGUCACAGUAGAUCAAGUAAGCAAUAUGGACUCAGUACGCAAGUACCUGCAGGGUACCGACUGUAUUGCAGGAGUGUUUGUGCAGUCCACCAAACAGACCAUGAGCAUCUAUCAAGCCAAAUCCAAAGGACUUCUAACACCUGGAACAUCACUGGUUUUACUGGAGGCUCAAGCUGCUACUGGAUUCAUGGUUGAGCCAUUGAAGAACAAAAAACUCUCAGUGGAGGAGGCAGUGGCUCAGGGAGUUGUGGGGACUGAAUGGAAAAACAAGCUACUUUCUGCAGAGAGGGCAGUCACUGGCUACACUGACCCUCACACAGGAAACACCAUUUCGCUGUUCCAGGCCUUGAAGAAAGAUCUCAUUGUCAAAGAUCAUGGCAUUCGUCUUUUGGAAGCACAGAUUGCUACCGGAGGCAUUAUUGAUCCAGUUUACAGCCACCGUGUCCCUGUGGAGGUGGCUUACCAGAGAGGAUAUUUUGAUGAAGAAAUGAACCAGAUUCUAUCUGACCCGGGCGACGACACCAAGGGCUUCUUUGACCCCAACACACAGGAAAACCUUACCUACCUGCAACUACUUGACAGGUGUGUGAAAGACCCUCUCACUGGCCUUAGACUGCUUGUUAUUGUGAAGAAAGGAGAGUUUUACUUCUACAUUGAUGAACAUACAAAGAAAAUCCUCCAGUCCACUACCACAAACAAGGCGGGGGGUAAAUUCCAAGGAAAGGAGGUUUCCCUCUGGGAUCUCAUAUACUCUGAAUACAUCGAAGAGGAAAAGAAAAGAGAUCUGGUUCAGCAAUUUAAGUCUGGCACUAUAACAAUUGAAUACUUUUUAGAGCAUGUACUAACAGUUAUACAGCAGAAAACACCCAGUGUGACUGUUACUACUACCAGCACCACCUCUACAACAACAAAAGGUCCUAGCUUUCGAGGCAUCAAAAAGCAAGUUACAGCUCAGAACUUGCUGGAAUCUAAAAUCAUUGAUAAGAAACUUUUUGAAGACCUCAGCACUGGAAAGGUCACAGUAGAUCAAGUAAGCAAUAUGGACUCAGUACGCAAGUACCUGCAGGGUACCGACUGUAUUGCAGGAGUGUUUGUGCAGUCCACCAAACAGACCAUGAGCAUCUAUCAAGCCAAAUCCAAAGGACUUCUAACACCUGGAACAUCACUGGUUUUACUGGAGGCUCAAGCUGCUACUGGAUUCAUGGUUGAGCCAUUGAAGAACAAAAAACUCUCAGUGGAGGAGGCAGUGGCUCAGGGAGUUGUGGGGACUGAAUGGAAAAACAAGCUACUUUCUGCAGAGAGGGCAGUCACUGGCUACACUGACCCUCACACAGGAAACACCAUUUCGCUGUUCCAGGCCUUGAAGAAAGAUCUCAUUGUCAAAGAUCAUGGCAUUCGUCUUUUGGAAGCACAGAUUGCUACCGGAGGCAUUAUUGAUCCAGUUUACAGCCACCGUGUCCCUGUGGAGGUGGCUUACCAGAGAGGAUAUUUUGAUGAAGAAAUGAACCAGAUUCUAUCUGACCCGGGCGACGACACCAAGGGCUUCUUUGACCCCAACACACAGGAAAACCUCACCUACCUGCAACUACUUGACAGGUGUGUGAAAGACCCUCUCACUGGCCUUAGACUGCUUGUUAUUGUGAAGAAAGGAGAGUUUUACUUCUACAUUGAUGAACAUACAAAGAAAAUCCUCCAGUCCACUACCACAAACAAGGCAGGGGGUAAAUUCCAAGGAAAGGAGGUUUCCCUCUGGGAUCUCAUAUACUCUGAAUACAUCGAAGAGGAAAAGAAAAGAGAUCUGGUUCAGCAAUUUAAGUCUGGCACUAUAACAAUUGAAUACUUUUUAGAGCAUGUACUAACAGUUAUACAGCAGAAAACACCCAGUGUGACUGUUACUACUACCAGCACCACCUCUACAACAACAAAAGGUCCUAGCUUUCGAGGCAUCAAAAAGCAAGUUACAGCUCAGAACUUGCUGGAAUCUAAAAUCAUUGAUAAGAAACUUUUUGAAGACCUCAGCACUGGAAAGGUCACAGUAGAUCAAGUAAGCAAUAUGGACUCAGUACGCAAGUACCUGCAGGGUACCGACUGUAUUGCAGGAGUGUUUGUGCAGUCCACCAAACAGACCAUGAGCAUCUAUGAAGCCAAAUCCAAAGGACUUCUAACACCUGGAACAUCACUGGUUUUACUGGAGGCUCAAGCUGCUACUGGAUUCAUGGUUGAGCCAUUGAAGAACAAAAAACUCUCAGUGGAGGAGGCAGUGGCUCAGGGAGUUGUGGGGACUGAAUGGAAAAACAAGCUACUUUCUGCAGAGAGGGCAGUCACUGGCUACACUGACCCUCACACAGGAAACACCAUUUCGCUGUUCCAGGCCUUGAAGAAAGAUCUCAUUGUCAAAGAUCAUGGCAUUCGUCUUUUGGAAGCACAGAUUGCUACCGGAGGCAUUAUUGAUCCAGUUUACAGCCACCGUGUCCCUGUGGAGGUGGCUUACCAGAGAGGAUAUUUUGAUGAAGAAAUGAACCAGAUUCUAUCUGACCCGGGCGACGACACCAAGGGCUUCUUUGACCCCAACACACAGGAAAACCUCACCUACCUGCAACUACUUGACAGGUGUGUGAAAGACCCUCUCACUGGCCUUAGACUGCUUGUUAUUGUGAAGAAAGGAGAGUUUUACUUCUACAUUGAUGAACAUACAAAGAAAAUCCUCCAGUCCACUACCACAAACAAGGCAGGGGGUAAAUUCCAAGGAAAGGAGGUUUCCCUCUGGGAUCUCAUAUACUCUGAAUACAUCGAAGAGGAAAAGAAAAGAGAUCUGGUUCAGCAAUUUAAGUCUGGCACUAUAACAAUUGAAUACUUUUUAGAGCAUGUACUAACAGUUAUACAGCAGAAAACACCCAGUGUGACUGUUACUACUACCACCACCACAACAACAACAAAAGGUCCUAGCUUUCGAGGCAUCAAAAAGCAAGUUACAGCUCAGAACUUGCUGGAAUCUAAAAUCAUUGAUAAGAAGCUUUUUGAAGACCUGAGCAGCGGAAAGGUCACAGUAGAUCAAGUAAGCAAUAUGGACUCAGUACGCAAGUACCUGCAGGGUACCGACUGUAUUGCAGGAGUGUUUGUGCAAUCCACCAAACAGACCAUGAGCAUCUAUGAAGCCAAAUCCAAAGGACUUCUAACACCUGGAACAUCACUGGUUUUACUGGAGGCUCAAGCUGCUACUGGAUUCAUGGUUGAGCCAUUGAAGAACAAAAAACUCUCAGUGGAGGAGGCAGUGGCUCAGGGAGUUGUGGGGACUGAAUGGAAAAACAAGCUACUUUCUGCAGAGAGGGCAGUCACUGGCUACACUGACCCUCACACAGGAAACACCAUUUCGCUGUUCCAGGCCUUGAAGAAAGAUCUCAUUGUCAAAGAUCAUGGCAUUCGUCUUUUGGAAGCACAGAUUGCUACCGGAGGCAUUAUUGAUCCAGUUUACAGCCACCGUGUCCCUGUGGAGGUGGCUUACCAGAGAGGAUAUUUUGAUGAAGAAAUGAACCAGAUUCUAUCUUACCCGGGCGACGACACCAAGGGCUUCUUUGACCCCAACACACAGGAAAACCUCACCUACCUGCAACUACUUGACAGGUGUGUGAAAGACCCUCUCACUGGCCUUAGACUGCUUGUUAUUGUGAAGAAAGGAGAGUUUUACUUCUACAUUGAUGAACAUACAAAGAAAAUCCUCCAGUCCACUACCACAAACAAGGCGGGGGGUAAAUUCCAAGGAAAGGAGGUUUCCCUCUGGGAUCUCAUAUACUCUGAAUACAUCGAAGAGGAAAAGAAAAGAGAUCUGGUUCAGCAAUUUAAGUCUGGCACUAUAACAACUGAAUACUUUUUAGAGCAUGUACUAACAGUUAUACAGCAGAAAACACCCAGUGUGACUGUUACUACUACCACCACCACAACAACAACAAAAGGUCCUAGCUUUCGAGGCAUCAAAAAGCAAGUUUCAGCUCAGAACUUGCUGGAAUCUAAAAUCAUUGAUAAGAAGCUUUUUGAAGACCUGAGCAGCGGAAAGGUCACAGUAGAUCAAGUAAGCAAUAUGGACUCAGUACGCAAGUACUUGCAGGGUACCGACUGUAUUGCAGGAGUGUUUGUGCAAUCCACCAAACAGACCAUGAGCAUCUAUGAAGCCAAAUCCAAAGGACUUCUAACACCUGGAACAUCACUGGUUUUACUGGAGGCUCAAGCUGCUACUGGAUUCAUGGUUGAGCCAUUGAAGAACAAAAAACUCUCAGUGGAGGAGGCAGUGGCUCAGGGAGUUGUGGGGACUGAAUGGAAAAACAAGCUACUUUCUGCAGAGAGGGCAGUCACUGGCUACACUGACCCUCACACAGGAAACACCAUUUCGCUGUUCCAGGCCUUGAAGAAAGAUCUCAUUGUCAAAGAUCAUGGCAUUCGUCUUUUGGAAGCACAGAUUGCUACCGGAGGCAUUAUUGAUCCAGUUUACAGCCACCGUGUCCCUGUGGAGGUGGCUUACCAGAGAGGAUAUUUUGAUGAAGAAAUGAACCAGAUUCUAUCUGACCCGGGCGACGACACCAAGGGCUUCUUUGACCCCAACACACAGGAAAACCUCACCUACCUGCAACUACUUGACAGGUGUGUGAAAGACCCUCUCACUGGCCUUAGACUGCUUGUUAUUGUGAAGAAAGGAGAGUUUUACUUCUACAUUGAUGAACAUACAAAGAAAAUCCUCCAGUCCACUACCACAAACAAGGCAGGGGGUAAAUUCCAAGGAAAGGAGGUUUCCCUCUGGGAUCUCAUAUACUCUGAAUACAUCGAAGAGGAAAAGAAAAGAGAUCUGGUUCAGCAAUUUAAGUCUGGCACUAUAACAAUUGAAUACUUUUUAGAGCAUGUACUAACAGUUAUACAGCAGAAAACACCCAGUGUGACUGUUACUACUACCAGCACCACCUCUACAACAACAAAAGGUCUUAGCUUUCGAGGCAUCAAAAAGCAAGUUUCAGCUCAGAACUUGCUGGAAUCUAAAAUCAUUGAUAAGAAGCUUUUUGAAGACCUGAGCAGCGGAAAGGUCACAGUAGAUCAAGUAAGCAAUAUGGACUCAGUACGCAAGUACCUGCAGGGUACCGACUGUAUUGCAGGAGUGUUUGUGCAGUCCACCAAACAGACCAUGAGCAUCUAUCAAGCCAAAUCCAAAGGACUUCUAACACCUGGAACAUCACUGGUUUUACUGGAGGCUCAAGCUGCUACUGGAUUCAUGGUUGAGCCAUUGAAGAACAAAAAACUCUCAGUGGAGGAGGCAGUGGCUCAGGGAGUUGUGGGGACUGAAUGGAAAAACAAGCUACUUUCUGCAGAGAGGGCAGUCACUGGCUACACUGACCCUCACACAGGAAACACCAUUUCGCUGUUCCAGGCCUUGAAGAAAGAUCUCAUUGUCAAAGAUCAUGGCAUUCGUCUUUUGGAAGCACAGAUUGCUACCGGAGGCAUUAUUGAUCCAGUUUACAGCCACCGUGUCCCUGUGGAGGUGGCUUACCAGAGAGGAUAUUUUGAUGAAGAAAUGAACCAGAUUCUAUCUGACCCGGGCGACGACACCAAGGGCUUCUUUGACCCCAACACACAGGAAAACCUCACCUACCUGCAACUACUUGACAGGUGUGUGAAAGACCCUCUCACUGGCCUUAGACUGCUUGUUAUUGUGAAGAAAGGAGAGUUUUACUUCUACAUUGAUGAACAUACAAAGAAAAUCCUCCAGUCCACUACCACAAACAAGGCAGGGGGUAAAUUCCAAGGAAAGGAGGUUUCCCUCUGGGAUCUCAUAUACUCUGAAUACAUCGAAGAGGAAAAGAAAAGAGAUCUGGUUCAGCAAUUUAAGUCUGGCACUAUAACAAUUGAAUACUUUUUAGAGCAUGUACUAACAGUUAUACAGCAGAAAACACCCAGUGUGACUGUUACUACUACCAGCACCACCUCUACAACAACAAAAGGUCUUAGCUUUCGAGGCAUCAAAAAGCAAGUUUCAGCUCAGAACUUGCUGGAAUCUAAAAUCAUUGAUAAGAAGCUUUUUGAAGACCUGAGCAGCGGAAAGGUCACAGUAGAUCAAGUAAGCAAUAUGGACUCAGUACGCAAGUACCUGCAGGGUACCGACUGUAUUGCAGGAGUGUUUGUGCAGUCCACCAAACAGACCAUGAGCAUCUAUCAAGCCAAAUCCAAAGGACUUCUAACACCUGGAACAUCACUGGUUUUACUGGAGGCUCAAGCUGCUACUGGAUUCAUGGUUGAGCCAUUGAAGAACAAAAAACUCUCAGUGGAGGAGGCAGUGGCUCAGGGAGUUGUGGGGACUGAAUGGAAAAACAAGCUACUUUCUGCAGAGAGGGCAGUCACUGGCUACACUGACCCUCACACAGGAAACACCAUUUCGCUGUUCCAGGCCUUGAAGAAAGAUCUCAUUGUCAAAGAUCAUGGCAUUCGUCUUUUGGAAGCACAGAUUGCUACCGGAGGCAUUAUUGAUCCAGUUUACAGCCACCGUGUCCCUGUGGAGGUGGCUUACCAGAGAGGAUAUUUUGAUGAAGAAAUGAACCAGAUUCUAUCUGACCCGGGCGACGACACCAAGGGCUUCUUUGACCCCAACACACAGGAAAACCUCACCUACCUGCAACUACUUGACAGGUGUGUGAAAGACCCUCUCACUGGCCUUAGACUGCUUGUUAUUGUGAAGAAAGGAGAGUUUUACUUCUACAUUGAUGAACAUACAAAGAAAAUCCUCCAGUCCACUACCACAAACAAGGCAGGGGGUAAAUUCCAAGGAAAGGAGGUUUCCCUCUGGGAUCUCAUAUACUCUGAAUACAUCGAAGAGGAAAAGAAAAGAGAUCUGGUUCAGCAAUUUAAGUCUGGCACUAUAACAAUUGAAUACUUUUUAGAGCAUGUACUAACAGUUAUACAGCAGAAAACACCCAGUGUGACUGUUACUACUACCAGCACCACCUCUACAACAACAAAAGGUCCUAGCUUUCGAGGCAUCAAAAAGCAAGUUACAGCUCAGAACUUGCUGGAAUCUAAAAUCAUUGAUAAGAAACUUUUUGAAGACCUCAGCACUGGAAAGGUCACAGUAGAUCAAGUAAGCAAUAUGGACUCAGUACGCAAGUACUUGCAGGGUACCGACUGUAUUGCAGGAGUGUUUGUGCAAUCCACCAAACAGACCAUGAGCAUCUAUGAAGCCAAAUCCAAAGGACUUCUAACACCUGGAACAUCACUGGUUUUACUGGAGGCUCAAGCUGCUACUGGAUUCAUGGUUGAGCCAUUGAAGAACAAAAAACUCUCAGUGGAGGAGGCAGUGGCUCAGGGAGUUGUGGGGACUGAAUGGAAAAACAAGCUACUUUCUGCAGAGAGGGCAGUCACUGGCUACACUGACCCUCACACAGGAAACACCAUUUCGCUGUUCCAGGCCUUGAAGAAAGAUCUCAUUGUCAAAGAUCAUGGCAUUCGUCUUUUGGAAGCACAGAUUGCUACCGGAGGCAUUAUUGAUCCAGUUUACAGCCACCGUGUCCCUGUGGAGGUGGCUUACCAGAGAGGAUAUUUUGAUGAAGAAAUGAACCAGAUUCUAUCUUACCCGGGCGACGACACCAAGGGCUUCUUUGACCCCAACACACAGGAAAACCUCACCUACCUGCAACUACUUGACAGGUGUGUGAAAGACCCUCUCACUGGCCUUAGACUGCUUGUUAUUGUGAAGAAAGGAGAGUUUUACUUCUACAUUGAUGAACAUACAAAGAAAAUCCUCCAGUCCACUACCACAAACAAGGCGGGGGGUAAAUUCCAAGGAAAGGAGGUUUCCCUCUGGGAUCUCAUAUACUCUGAAUACAUCGAAGAGGAAAAGAAAAGAGAUCUGGUUCAGCAAUUUAAGUCUGGCACUAUAACAACUGAAUACUUUUUAGAGCAUGUACUAACAGUUAUACAGCAGAAAACACCCAGUGUGACUGUUACUACUACCAGCACCACCUCUACAACAACAAAAGGUCCUAGCUUUCGAGGCAUCAAAAAGCAAGUUACAGCUCAGAACUUGCUGGAAUCUAAAAUCAUUGAUAAGAAACUUUUUGAAGACCUCAGCACUGGAAAGGUCACAGUAGAUCAAGUAAGCAAUAUGGACUCAGUACGCAAGUACCUGCAGGGUACCGACUGUAUUGCAGGAGUGUUUGUGCAGUCCACCAAACAGACCAUGAGCAUCUAUGAAGCCAAAUCCAAAGGACUUCUAACACCUGGAACAUCACUGGUUUUACUGGAGGCUCAAGCUGCUACUGGAUUCAUGGUUGAGCCAUUGAAGAACAAAAAACUCUCAGUGGAGGAGGCAGUGGCUCAGGGAGUUGUGGGGACUGAAUGGAAAAACAAGCUACUUUCUGCAGAGAGGGCAGUCACUGGCUACACUGACCCUCACACAGGAAACACCAUUUCGCUGUUCCAGGCCUUGAAGAAAGAUCUCAUUGUCAAAGAUCAUGGCAUUCGUCUUUUGGAAGCACAGAUUGCUACCGGAGGCAUUAUUGAUCCAGUUUACAGCCACCGUGUCCCUGUGGAGGUGGCUUACCAGAGAGGAUAUUUUGAUGAAGAAAUGAACCAGAUUCUAUCUGACCCGGGCGACGACACCAAGGGCUUCUUUGACCCCAACACACAGGAAAACCUCACCUACCUGCAACUACUUGACAGGUGUGUGAAAGACCCUCUCACUGGCCUUAGACUGCUUGUUAUUGUGAAGAAAGGAGAGUUUUACUUCUACAUUGAUGAACAUACAAAGAAAAUCCUCCAGUCCACUACCACAAACAAGGCAGGGGGUAAAUUCCAAGGAAAGGAGGUUUCCCUCUGGGAUCUCAUAUACUCUGAAUACAUCGAAGAGGAAAAGAAAAGAGAUCUGGUUCAGCAAUUUAAGUCUGGCACUAUAACAAUUGAAUACUUUUUAGAGCAUGUACUAACAGUUAUACAGCAGAAAACACCCAGUGUGACUGUUACUACUACCAGCACCACCUCUACAACAACAAAAGGUCCUAGCUUUCGAGGCAUCAAAAAGCAAGUUACAGCUCAGAACUUGCUGGAAUCUAAAAUCAUUGAUAAGAAACUUUUUGAAGACCUCAGCACUGGAAAGGUCACAGUAGAUCAAGUAAGCAAUAUGGACUCAGUACGCAAGUACCUGCAGGGUACCGACUGUAUUGCAGGAGUGUUUGUGCAGUCCACCAAGCAGACCAUGAGCAUCUAUGAAGCCAAAUCCAAAGGACUUCUAACACCUGGAACAUCACUGGUUUUACUGGAGGCUCAAGCUGCUACUGGAUUCAUGGUUGAGCCAUUGAAGAACAAAAAACUCUCAGUGGAGGAGGCAGUGGCUCAGGGAGUUGUGGGGACUGAAUGGAAAAACAAGCUACUUUCUGCAGAGAGGGCAGUCACUGGCUACACUGACCCUCACACAGGAAACACCAUUUCGCUGUUCCAGGCCUUGAAGAAAGAUCUCAUUGUCAAAGAUCAUGGCAUUCGUCUUUUGGAAGCACAGAUUGCUACCGGAGGCAUUAUUGAUCCAGUUUACAGCCACCGUGUCCCUGUGGAGGUGGCUUACCAGAGAGGAUAUUUUGAUGAAGAAAUGAACCAGAUUCUAUCUGACCCGGGCGACGACACCAAGGGCUUCUUUGACCCCAACACACAGGAAAACCUCACCUACCUGCAACUACUUGACAGGUGUGUGAAAGACCCUCUCACUGGCCUUAGACUGCUUGUUAUUGUGAAGAAAGGAGAGUUUUACUUCUACAUUGAUGAACAUACAAAGAAAAUCCUCCAGUCCACUACCACAAACAAGGCAGGGGGUAAAUUCCAAGGAAAGGAGGUUUCCCUCUGGGAUCUCAUAUACUCUGAAUACAUCGAAGAGGAAAAGAAAAGAGAUCUGGUUCAGCAAUUUAAGUCUGGCACUAUAACAAUUGAAUACUUUUUAGAGCAUGUACUAACAGUUAUACAGCAGAAAACACCCAGUGUGACUGUUACUACUACCAGCACCACCUCUACAACAACAAAAGGUCCUAGCUUUCGAGGCAUCAAAAAGCAAGUUACAGCUCAGAACUUGCUGGAAUCUAAAAUCAUUGAUAAGAAACUUUUUGAAGACCUCAGCACUGGAAAGGUCACAGUAGAUCAAGUAAGCAAUAUGGACUCAGUACGCAAGUACCUGCAGGGUACCGACUGUAUUGCAGGAGUGUUUGUGCAGUCCACCAAGCAGACCAUGAGCAUCUAUGAAGCCAAAUCCAAAGGACUUCUAACACCUGGAACAUCACUGGUUUUACUGGAGGCUCAAGCUGCUACUGGAUUCAUGGUUGAGCCAUUGAAGAACAAAAAACUCUCAGUGGAGGAGGCAGUGGCUCAGGGAGUUGUGGGGACUGAAUGGAAAAACAAGCUACUUUCUGCAGAGAGGGCAGUCACUGGCUACACUGACCCUCACACAGGAAACACCAUUUCGCUGUUCCAGGCCUUGAAGAAAGAUCUCAUUGUCAAAGAUCAUGGCAUUCGUCUUUUGGAAGCACAGAUUGCUACCGGAGGCAUUAUUGAUCCAGUUUACAGCCACCGUGUCCCUGUGGAGGUGGCUUACCAGAGAGGAUAUUUUGAUGAAGAAAUGAACCAGAUUCUAUCUGACCCGGGCGACGACACCAAGGGCUUCUUUGACCCCAACACACAGGAAAACCUCACCUACCUGCAACUACUUGACAGGUGUGUGAAAGACCCUCUCACUGGCCUUAGACUUCUUGUUAUUGUGAAGAAAGGAGAGUUUUACUUCUACAUUGAUGAACAUACAAAGAAAAUCCUCCAGUCCACUACCACAAACAAGGCAGGGGGUAAAUUCCAAGGAAAGGAGGUUUCCCUCUGGGAUCUCAUAUACUCUGAAUACAUCGAAGAGGAAAAGAAAAGAGAUCUGGUUCAGCAAUUUAAGUCUGGCACUAUAACAAUUGAAUACUUUUUAGAGCAUGUACUAACAGUUAUACAGCAGAAAACACCCAGUGUGACUGUUACUACUACCACCACCACAACAACAACAAAAGGCCCUAGCUUUCAAGGAAUCAAAAAGCAAGUUUCAGCUCAGAACUUGCUGGAAUCUAAAAUCAUUGAUAAGAAACUUUUUGAAGACCUGAGCAGCGGAAAGGUCACAGUAGAUCAAGUAAGCAAUAUGGACUCAGUACGCAAGUACCUGCAGGGUACCGACUGUAUUGCAGGAGUGUUUGUGCAGUCCACCAAACAGACCAUGAGCAUCUAUGAAGCCAAAUCCAAAGGACUUCUAACACCUGGAACAUCACUGGUUUUACUGGAGGCUCAAGCUGCUACUGGAUUCAUGGUUGAGCCAUUGAAGAACAAAAAACUCUCAGUGGAGGAGGCAGUGGCUCAGGGAGUUGUGGGGACUGAAUGGAAAAACAAGCUACUUUCUGCAGAGAGGGCAGUCACUGGCUACACUGACCCUCACACAGGAAACACCAUUUCGCUGUUCCAGGCCUUGAAGAAAGAUCUCAUUGUCAAAGAUCAUGGCAUUCGUCUUUUGGAAGCACAGAUUGCUACCGGAGGCAUUAUUGAUCCAGUUUACAGCCACCGUGUCCCUGUGGAGGUGGCUUACCAGAGAGGAUAUUUUGAUGAAGAAAUGAACCAGAUUCUAUCUGACCCGGGCGACGACACCAAGGGCUUCUUUGACCCCAACACACAGGAAAACCUCACCUACCUGCAACUACUUGACAGGUGUGUGAAAGACCCUCUCACUGGCCUUAGACUGCUUGUUAUUGUGAAGAAAGGAGAGUUUUACUUCUACAUUGAUGAACAUACAAAGAAAAUCCUCCAGUCCACUACCACAAACAAGGCGGGGGGUAAAUUCCAAGGAAAGGAGGUUUCCCUCUGGGAUCUCAUAUACUCUGAAUACAUCGAAGAGGAAAAGAAAAGAGAUCUGGUUCAGCAAUUUAAGUCUGGCACUAUAACAAUUGAAUACUUUUUAGAGCAUGUACUAACAGUUAUACAGCAGAAAACACCCAGUGUGACUGUUACUACUACCAGCACCACCUCUACAACAACAAAAGGUCCUAGCUUUCAAGGAAUCAAAAAGCAAGUUUCAGCUCAGAACUUGCUGGAAUCUAAAAUCAUUGAUAAGAAGCUUUUUGAAGACCUGAGCAGCGGAAAGGUCACAGUAGAUCAAGUAAGCAAUAUGGACUCAGUACGCAAGUACCUGCAGGGUACCGACUGUAUUGCAGGAGUGUUUGUGCAGUCCACCAAACAGACCAUGAGCAUCUAUGAAGCCAAAUCCAAAGGACUUCUAACACCUGGAACAUCACUGGUUUUACUGGAGGCUCAAGCUGCUACUGGAUUCAUGGUUGAGCCAUUGAAGAACAAAAAACUCUCAGUGGAGGAGGCAGUGGCUCAGGGAGUUGUGGGGACUGAAUGGAAAAACAAGCUACUUUCUGCAGAGAGGGCAGUCACUGGCUACACUGACCCUCACACAGGAAACACCAUUUCGCUGUUCCAGGCCUUGAAGAAAGAUCUCAUUGUCAAAGAUCAUGGCAUUCGUCUUUUGGAAGCACAGAUUGCUACCGGAGGCAUUAUUGAUCCAGUUUACAGCCACCGUGUCCCUGUGGAGGUGGCUUACCAGAGAGGAUAUUUUGAUGAAGAAAUGAAUCAGAUUCUUUCUGACUCGGGCGAUGACACCAAGGGCUUCUUUGACCCCAACACACAGGAAAACCUCACCUACUUGCAGUUACUCACCAGAUGCAUGAAAGAUCCACACACUGGAUUAACCUUACUGAUUUUAAGGAAAUGAGAAAAAUAUCAUAAGAUUUUCUUAGCUUAAGGAAUUAAAUGAUUACAAUAAAAACAUACCUGAUUCAGACAGUGUUGUUUAGGAUUGGAACAACCACUUAUCUAUUAUAAUUAUUAUACCAUAUUCUAGUUAUACCAUUAUUAACCAUUUAUUAUUAUAUCAUCCAUCAGGCAUUGCCUGUUUGGUCACCUUCUCACUUCAGACCUAGAGACCUUAUUUUAUCCUUCUCCAUGACCAUUCUAUUUGUACUUUCUUUGUGUUUCAUCACUUGAUCAAUGUGUUUGCAUGUUUAUUAAUGGAGAAUUCUCUACUAAUGGUACAACACCACUAAUUUACUGUCAGUGUGAGAAUGCACCAUCAGCCAAAUAACUUCAGGUCAAUAAUACUGGAGUGGAGUGGUAAUAAAAGCACUGACAAUAUAUGGGUUUUUGUAACCCACAAAAUGUGCCUGAUUAAACAGUGAGCAUAGAUACAAGGUACAUGUACAUAAUAAAAAGUGGGUGUUUCCUUUUUUAUUGCAAAUGUUUAGAAAUCUUUAUAAAUCAUCGCAUUUCAGGGGAUUUAUGCAUUACUACAAUUCCAAGGAUUUAUUUACCAGCAUGGUUCCAUGUUUUCAGAAUACCAUUUUAAAAGACUGUCCCAUAGAUAAAGACUGAGGAAAAUAAUUGCUGGAUAUUGCAAGGAAUGAUAAUGCAAUACAAUCAUAUCUUUCACACUAACACUAAGGAGUGGAAUCUACUUUAAUGGAAUGCUUAUAUUCAAAACACUAAUAAACCUUCCUUUUUUACACAGUUAAA